AUGGUCGGCACACCGAUUGAUGAUGAUGUCAUCGCAAACAUUGUAACAGCACAGAUGCUUUUCCUUGAGGGAAAAGACCCGGAUGCAGACAUAGUGCUCUAUAUUAACACACCUGGCGGUUCCGUUUCCGCCGGUUUGGCAAUCUACGACACGAUGCAGUAUAUCAAAGCCGAUGUGCAGACAUGGUGUUUAGGUAGAGCUUAUAGUAUGGGAGCUGUUCUUCUUGCCGCCGGAGCACCCGGGAAGCGCUACGCGCUCCCACAUGCAAAAGCACUCAUUCACCAACCGAUGGCGAGCGGCAUUGGCGGUCAAGCUUCUGAUAUUAGCAUUCAUGCAAAAGAAAUUCUGAAGGAACGCGACCGACUUUAUUCUAUUUUAGCAGAGCAUACGGGCCAAAAUAUUGAGAAGAUCACUACUGAUUCUGACCGUGACUAUUACAUGACUGCCGAACAGGCACUUGAAUACGGUAUCGUCGAUCAGGUCGUCUCCCAACGGGACAACACAGCAGGAUUAAUUCGUGAAGAAUAG